AUGUUUCUGUUGAUGUUCCUGCCUCUGCUGCCUCACAUUGUGUACAAAGUAAAUCCUAUGGAGUGUUCCACAAAUGAUCCCCUCCCUGUUCCACACGAAUGGUACCAGCCAGGAGGCCUCCUCAUUGGUGGGAUUGCUUCUCAGAUCAUUUACCAUUCUCACCAAGUUUCCUUCAACGAACGUCCUUCAAGGAACCUGUUUGACAUUCUACAGGUGAUAACAAAAUUCUAUCAGCAUGUCCUUGCCUUGGCAUUUGCUGUGAAUGAGAUCAACAAGAAUCCCAAGAUAUUGCCUAAUGUUACACUCGGCUUCCACAUCUAUGACAGCUACUAUAAUGCAAAGAUGACUUAUCGUACCACUCUGGACCUCCUCUUCAAAUCACAGAGAUUUGUCCCCAACUACACAUGCGACGCACAGAAAAAGGUCAUAGCUGUCAUUGGUGGGCUUGGCUCUGAUAUUUCUUCCCUUAUGGCAGAAAUCGUAGGUUUCUAUAAGAUUCCACAGCUGCACCCCUUUCUUCAAGGCAUUAUUUUUAACAAUUCAGCUGGAGAAACAGUGUCCUUUAAUAAUAAAAGGGAAGUAGAGGGUGGAUUUGACAUCAUGAAUGUGGUCACAUUCCCAAACAAGUCCUUCCAGAAAGUGAAAGUUGGAAGAUUGGAUCCUGAUGCUCCUGAACAAAAAGAAUUCAUAAUUAAUGAAGAUAUAAUUGUUUGGCACAGGGGUUUUAACCAGGUGCUUCCCCUUUCCAUGUGCAAUGAACACUGCCAGCCUGGCAAUCAGAAGAAGAGUAAAGAAGGGGGAAAGUUUUGCUGCUAUGAUUGUGUUCCAUGUCCAGAAGGAAAGAUUUCAAAAAAGAAGGAUAUGGUUGAUUGUUUCACAUGCCCAGAAGAGCAAUUUCCAAACAAGGACAGAAAUGAAUGUAUCCCUAAAGUUAUAACCUUCCUGUCUUUUGAUGAACCAUUAGGCAUCACCUUAGCCUCAUUUGCUGCUUCUUUAUCCCUCAUCACAGUCUUGGUGUUAGCUUCUUUUAUUAAACACAAAGAUACCCCCAUCGUCAAAGCCAACAACCGGGACCUCACCUACGCCCUCCUCGCCUCCCUCCUGCUCUGCUUCCUCUCUUCUUUCCUGUUCCUCGGCAAGCCUGGGAAAGUGACUUGCCUUCUCCAACAACCCACUUUUGGCAUCAUCUUCUCCAUGGCUGUUUCUUGUGUGUUGGCCAAAACUGUCACUGUGGUUCUUGCUUUCAUGGCCACCAAACCAGGGUCCAGCAUGAGGAAGUGGGUGGGGAAAAGAAUGUCCAGCUCUAUUGUCCUUUUCUGUUCCUUUCUUCAAGCAAGUAUUUGUACUGUGUGGUUGGCAACUUCUCCCCCAUUCCCUGAUUUAGACAUGAAGUCGGUAACUGCAGAAAUAAUUCUGCAAUGUAAUGAGGGGUCAGUCACCAUGUUUUACUGUGUCCUGGGCUACAUGGGCCUCUUGGCCAUCACCAGCUUCAUUGUGGCAUUCCUAGCCCGCAAGUUACCAGAUAGCUUUAAUGAAGCCAAGUUCAUUACCUUCAGCAUGUUAGCAUUUUGCAGUGUGUGGGUGUCCUUUGUUCCAAGCUACCUGAGCUCAAGAGGAAAAGACAUGGUGGCUGUGGAGGUCUUCUCCAUCUUGGUCUCCAGUGCUGGGUUACUAGGCUGCAUCUUUGCCCCUAAAUGCUACAUCAUUGUGUUGAGGCCUGAGCUGAACAACAGGGAUCAACUAAUAAGGAGAAAAAUGUAA